UCAUUGCCCAACAUGCCUGAAUCAGAGCUGUUCCCCGUCAUCUGCACUGCAGAUAUCCCCACCUCCGAUGCCUACACUGGCAGCGAGCAGCUGGUCCCAGGCACACCUUCGAGCCUCGUGAUCCUUACCAUUACCAACACCAGCAACAAAGGUAGCGACCCUCUCUCCUCUAGCGCAUCGCAACCACCAUUGCAGCCCUUCACCUCACCAUUCUUUGGUCAGUCUGUCGAAGACGCUGCUCAGCACCCGGUUUUUCAUACCGCCAGUUUCUUCGCUGUCCUGGACGAGCGCUCCGCCCGUGACAGCACCGCGCUGCUAGCGGCUCGCGACCCGAAUGGCAGCGUCCGCACGGUUCGUGUUACUUUUUCAGAAGUCCAGAGGACGCUCAUCUCGCUCGGUAUUGGUUCCAUCGGAUUCGCCGAGAUUCAGAGCAUCGCCGCCGCCCAGAGCAAUGAGGGGGUCUACGGGGCGCCUGUUCCUGGGCAGGGCCCGCAGAAGGGCGGUCCGGCUCCUCGAAAGAGGUUGGGGGCGUGA